GGCUAGCGUUUACUCCCAUGCUAAAGCCAAUGCUAGCGAUAACGUCUGGUACACAGAGGGAUUAAAACUACGUUUUUGCGCUCAAAUAUCACAAAAUGGGGAAGAAACACAAGAAACAUAAACCGGAGUGGAGAACAGUUGAUGACUAUGAGGACAAGGCUUUGGAGAAACCACUGAAGCUUGUGCUUAAAGUUGGAGGAAGUGAAGUAACAGAACUCUCUGGUUCGGGUCAUGACUCCAGCUACUACGAUGACAGAUCCGACCAUGAGCGCCACAAAGAGAAAAAGAAGAAGAAGAAGAAAAAGUCUGAAAAAGACAAGGACAAGUAUGUGGACGAUGAAGAGAGAAGACGGAGAAAGGAGGAAAAGAGGAAGAAGAGAGAACGGGAACAGAAUGAAUCUGAAGCAGCAGCUGCCACUGUCAUCACCGGUGGGCCCGUUGAACCUUUUACGAUAUCAAAAGCUGCUAGUGUAGGAAUAGAGCCUGAAGAGAAAAAAAGGAAGAAGGAGAGGUUUGAGAUUGAACCGGAUGUGGAGGAAUUUCACCCCAGCAUGAAGGUGGAGGUGGAGCACCAAGCUGACAGGCCUGUACGAGCAUGCCGGACACAACAAGAGAAUGAGUCCACGCCUCGUCAACUUUUACUUGAGCACUUCCUGCGCCAGCUGCAGAGAAAAGACCCCCAUGGUUUCUUUGCAUUUCCAGUAACAGACGCCAUUGCUCCCAAUUACUCAAUGAUCAUCAAGCAUCCGAUGGACUUCAGCACCAUGAAAGACAAGAUAACCAACAAUGAGUACAACACAGUCACGGAAUUCAAGGCGGACUUUAAAUUGAUGUGUGACAAUGCCACGGUGUAUAACCGACCAGAGACUGUGUACUACAAGGCAGCCAAGAAACUUCUCCAUACAGGGUUCAAGAUGAUGAGCAAGGAUCGCCUGUUGGCUCUAAAGCGCAGCAUGUCUUUCAUGCAGGACAUGGACUUCACACAGCAGGCAGCCAUUUUGGGAGAUGAAGAACUUACAGCCGAUGUACCUCCACCGGAGAUAAUCCCUAUCCCGGUGGAAUCGGCCAAAAAGUCUAAAAAACAACCUGCGAAAGACAUGAACUACCUGUUUGAGCCAGAGGGGAAUGCCUGUAGCUUGACUGACAGCACAGCAGAGGAGCACGUUCUGGCUUUGGUGGAGCAUUCGGCAGAUGAAGCCCGCGAUCGCAUUAACCGAUACAUGCCAAACUCCAAGAUAGGCUAUCUGCGCAAGGAGUCUGACACUUCUCUUUUGUACACUGUUGUCAAUCAGCUUGAUCCUGAUGCAGAAGGUUUGAUACAAUUGCAUGUUUGCCAACAUUGCCAACAGGAAAAUUGCAUCCUUGUCUUCACUUUUGCAGAGGAAGAGACCCAUAAAGUGGACCUGAGUUCACUAUCUAACAAGCUUCUCCCUGGAUUAACAACACUGGGUUUCAAAGAUGACAGGAGGCACAAGGUGACAUUCUUGAGCAGUGCCUACAACAUUCAGACUCUUCAGAAGAACUCGGUCUUUCCCGACUUGCUACCUGAUGAGUCAGACUUGCUGUGCUCGGCGUAUGGAGACGACACAGGGGUACAAUGUGCUCUAAGCAUACUGGACUUUGUCAAGGGCUGUGGAAGUGUCACCAAGCAUUGGGUCGAUGGCCUUCUGGAUAAGAUGACGGCAGGUGACCACACUAAAGCAGUCAGUCAAAUCAGACAGAAAAGAAACAUGAUGCUGAAACAUGACGAAACCAAGACCGGCAUCUGUGACUUACAGAUGGUAGACGGCAGUGGUCUGGGAGAGAGCAGUUCAGUGCUGGACUUCAUGUCAUUGAAGAACUAUCCUGAUAUGUCUCUGGAUAUAUCCAUGCUCAACACAAUAGGUAAGGGUGUAAAAAAGGAGCCAGGAAAUGAGGAGGGCCAGCAACACUUUGAUGAUGCUGACAAGCUCCUGCAGGAGUUUCAGGAAGCUCAGGUGGAUAGAGUCGGCUCCAGGCCUUCGUCCAACCUGUCCUCCCUCUCCAACGCCUCAGAGAGGGAUCAGCAUCACCUCGCGAGCCCGUCACAGUCUGAGAUGGUUCAUGAUCCCUACGAGUUCCUGCAGUCGCCAGAGUCCGAGAGCCCAGCCAACAACUGAUCACGUUUCCCUUGUACUGCACCGACAGUACACAGCACUACUCACUGUGAAGUUGGACUAGAGGUCCAAUACUGUGGAGAUUACAAGAGCAUCUGACGUGAAUGUUUUGUACAGACUGUUUUAAUUGUAUGCUUUUGUAUGAGUGCAACAGGAAAAUUAAAUAAUUGCACCUGUA